AUGCUGUCGGUUUUGAAUCUGUUAUUGUGUUUGAUAGGAAUGGUCAAUAUCGUCUCUGCUGGAGGACCAUCGAGAAUCGAUUUGAGUAAUGGUGAAAGGAUGAAAAGGGGUUUACCGGUGAAAACUCCUAGAAAGUUGUAUAAUGCAACAGCGACGAGUGCUCAUCUGGCUCGUCGUUCUGCAGCUCCAUUCACUGGAUACCUGGUAGCUACUCCUCAAAAUAAUGGAGGAUUGAAGAAACGUACUCCGUAUGAUCAAACUUCUUAUCUUUAUUAUGAUACGGAUUACGGGUUUCUUCGUUUGUCGACCAUCGCUAGUGAUGCCUCUCUGUUCGUGUGGACAACGGCCGGUACGGAACAGUACCUCGGAGUUUCCGAUGAUGGUGAUUCAACUUCCGAUUUCGGCGUUUGUGCUUCGGUGAUUACCAUUGGUAGUGGGGUGAACAUGGAGCCAAACGCACCUGGUGGUCCAACCUCGGCCAUAUUCUCUCAGUGCCCAACGGCAUACGACAAUUUAACACCUUCACAAGCUUCCGGUCAAGGUAUACAAGGACCAAUAUUCGAUACACCUUCAAGUCUUCCAGCUAUCUUUUCAGCUUGGUUCCUCAAUCAAGAUGAUACAAUCACGACUGAUGCUUUGUAUUGGGUUUUCGAUACUCCAUAUUACACUGAUGCUUUGGGGAUGGCUUUAUCAGCUAGUGAUUUCGAACCUGUUGAUGCUGUACAAACGGAACAGAUCACGUUGGAAUAUGUUGCUUCUUUGGCUUAA